AUGGGGGUGAAUCUCAAUCUGUCAGCCUCCUUGAAUAUUUUCAAGCUCCUGUCGAAUCCUUCUUUGUGUCUGCCUCAUGCAGCCAUAUCCACCUUUAAGGAUCUGCCAAUCCCACUGGACUCUGCCUUCAAGCGGAAGGGCGUCGAGGUCAAUAUAAAGGCAGUUGUGCUUGACAAAGAUGACUGCUUCGCACGCCCAGAAACAAAUGAGGUCUAUGAGCCGUAUCAGGAACGAUUCGAGGCGUUGAAGGCUGCAUACCCAGGGCGACGCAUUCUGAUCGUGUCCAACACAGCUGGUGCCCUCAGCUAUGACACCAAAGCACAGAUGGCUUCGGAACUUCAGAAGACCACAGGUGUGACAGUGCUUUCCCACCGUGUCAAGAAACCUGGCUGUGGCUCAGAGAUCAUGGAGUAUUUUCACAAACACCCUGAGACGGGUGUCUCAAGCCCCAGCCAAGUUGCCAUUGUCGGAGACAGGCUCUUCACAGACAUGAUGCUAGCCAACACCAUGGGCAGCUAUGGUCUCUGGAUCAAGGACGGCGUUGUCCCGCUUCAACAGAAAAGCAUUUUCUCAAGGAUGGAGCAGAAGCUUGGCCCAUAUCUCCUCGCUCGAGGCUACCAACCCCAGAAUCCGGAAAACCCAUUCGAAUGA